GGCCAUUUGUUGCACCACUGCUGGUCCCUCAGGUCCCCAGGGAGAAAGUUCUAGAAGUCCCAGCUGCUGAGGAGACCUGCAGAAGUUCCGUGGCAGUUGGAGCCCCUCAAGGGAAGGGAGCCAUUUCCUUUCUGGUCCAGGAAAGCGCCGCUGGCCGGUUCACCCUGCCUCCGCCUGGCACGAGCAUUUGCUCAGCUGAACAGAGGUUUCCAGUGGCUCCAGAGACCGGGGGACGCCAGGUGUCCCGGUAAACAGAGCUGCGUCGGCGUCUCUGCGUGCCAGAGGGACGACCGCGGUCUAAGGAAGCGUCACGAUGACCAUCACCCCGGACGUCAGGUUAGAGUAUUUAGAGGGAGUCGCCGCCCUCAUUCUGAAGUUCAAGCCCGACAAGUGGAGCAAGAUGGUGGGAGCCGAGGAGAACCUGGCCUUGUUCGCCGAGUUCUUUGAGAAGCCGGACGUGCUGGUUCUGGUUCUGACGCUCAGUCCGGCCGGCAUGAUCGUGCCCUGCCUGGGCUUCCCCGCCUCCCUCAAGUCCAAAGGCGUUUACUUCAUCAAGAAGAAACCGGGGAACGUCAAGAAGGAUACCUACAAAGACCAGCUCAUCUACGGGGACAUAAGCCCCACCCCUGUGGAGCACCUGAUCGCUGUUGUGGAGGAGGUGCUCUGCUCUCUGUUAAACCAAAGCGAAAACUUGAGCGGAUGGCCCCGGGUGGUCUCGGAGGACAUUGUCAGGCAGGUCCACAAGCUGAAGAACGAGAUGUUUGUGAUGGGGGGCAAGAUCAGAGGGACGACGCUGCUGCCCGUCCCGGAGCACCUGGGGAGUCUGGACGGCACUCUGGAGUCCGUGGAGAGGCAGGUCCUCCACACAACCUCUGACACACGCCUUGUGUGGCCCCGAUCAGGAUGGCACAAGGAGCCCACCUUGGACAUGUUUGAGUUCUGGGAUGCCCGGCUGAUGAACCUCAAGUGCAUCCACGAGCAGCUGAACAGGCCCAAAGUGAACAAAAUAGUCGAGAUCCUGGAAAAAGCCAGAAGCUGCUACUGGCCGGCCCUGCAAAGCGUGUACAUGAACGUCACCGAAGGGCUGAAGGAGGCCAAUGACGUUGUUCUGUAUCUGAAGCCUCUGCGGAUCCUUCUGGAAGAGAUGGAGCAGACCGACUUCACGGUGCUCCCCACCGUCAUCGCCAAGGUGCUGUUCACGACCGGCUUCAUCUGGGCCACCUCCGAGCACGACGACAAGCCCUCCCGGAUCAUCAUCAUCCUGCAGGAGUUCUGCAACCUGAUCAUCGAGAUGACGCGCAAUUUCCUGAGCCCGGACCUGGUGCUGAAGGGCCUGCAGGGCGAAACAGAGGAGGUUCUGAGCGGCAUCUCUCUGUCCGUGGGCGUCCUGAAGGAUCUCUACCACACCUACGACUUCUGCUGUGCGAACAUGAGGCUUUUCUUUAAGGACAAGGAGCCGGUGCCUUGGGAGUUCCCUUCGUCCCUGGCGUUUUCCAGAAUGAAUGCCUUCUUCCGUCGCAUCCAGACCAUUGAGGAUCUUUAUAAAACAGCCAUCGAGUUCCUGAAGUUGGAGAAAAUCGAGCUGGGGGGAGUGAGAGGGAACAUCCUUGGAAGCAUGGUCACCCAGAUUUACGAUGAGGUCUUUGAGCUGGUGAAGGUCUUUGCCGAGUGCAAAUAUGACCCCUUGGACCCCGGAGAUUCGAGUUUUGACGACGAUUAUGCCGGUUUUGAGACCAAAAUUCAAGAUCUGGAUAGGCGGCUGGCCACCAUCUUCUGCCAGGGCUUUGAUGACUGCAGCUCCAUUGAGUCAUGCGCAAAGCUCCUGUACAUGUGUGGGGGCCUCCUGGAGCGGCCUCUCAUUCUUGCUGAGGUGGUGCCCAGGUACUCGGUCAUGCUGGAGCUGUUUGACGCCGAGCUGGACAACACCAAGACCUUGUACGACGCCCAGCUCGCAGCCUCCGCAGACGGGAACAUCCCCCCGCUCCACAAGAACAUGCCCCCUGUGGCCGGGCAGCUGAAGUGGAGCCUGGAGCUGCAGGAGAGGUUGGAGGCACCCAUGAGGGACCUGAAGCACAUAGACCACCCGGUCAUGUCCAGCACGGAGGCCAAGCUGAUCUACCAGAAGUACGACGAGAUGAUGGGGCUGCUAAGAAACUACCGCGAGAGGACCUACCGGCAGUGGGUGGCCGGCGUGGACCAGGAUUGCCACUUCAACCUGGGGCAGCCCCUGAUACGGCGGGACCCCGUCACCAACCUCAUCCGAGUCAACUUCAGCAAAGCGUUGGUGGCAGUUCUGAGAGAGGUCAAGUACCUGGGUUUCCAGCAGCAAAAAGAGAUCCCAAGCAGUGCCGAGGAUCUGUUCUCACAGCAUGAGACCUUCCGGAAGUUUGUGGGCAACUUGGAACUCAUCGUUGGCUGGUACAACAAGAUACAGACCACCGUGAUGGAUGUAGAAUUUCCACUAAUAAAGUCAGAACUGGAAGCAAUCGAUGUCAAGUUAUUGACUGCUGAAACAACGCUGUUCUGGAAUGGGGAAGGUGUGUUAGAGUAUAUCCAAGACUUGCGAGAAAUUCUACAUAACUUGCAGAACAGGAUGCAAAAAGCCAAGCAAAAUAUAGAUGGAAUUUCUCAGGCCAUGAAGGACUGGUCCGCCAACCCGAUGUUUGAGAGAAAGGACAAUAAGAAGGAGGCCCUGUUGGACUUGGACGGAAGGAUGGUCAAUCUCAACAAGCGCUACACUGCGGUCAAGGACGCCGGUGUAAAGAUUCAAGCCAUGGUCAUGGAAAAUGCUGAGCUGUUCAGAGCAGAUACGACGAGCCAGUCCUGGAAAGACUACAUCGACUACAUUGACGACAUGGUCCUGGACGAAUUUGACCAUUUCAUCCGCAAAUCUCUGAACUACCUAAUGGACAACAUGGUCGCGGAUGGGAGCGUGGCACCGCUGUUUGAGGUCCUCAUGCAGCUGGACGAGGACGGGCUGGUCUUCAAUCCGUCCCUGGAGUUGGGCCCCGACUAUGGCUUCCUGAUGCUGAUUGAGGGCCUGAUCAACGACAUCUACACUGCAGCCAAGCUCAUCCCCCGGCUGGCCAAGAACCGAAUGAGCUACAAGGCAGACCUCGAGGACAUGUCGGACCUCAUAGAGACGAGGGAGGAGUUGUCCAACCUGGUCCUCAGCGCCAUGAAGGAGGCCGAGGAGUACCAGGACUCCUUCGAGAGGUACUCCUACCUGUGGAUGGACGACCCCCAGGAGUUCAUGAAGAACUUCCUCAUCUACGGGCGGGCGGCCACCCUGGACGAUUUGGACACCCGGGCCGAGGAGGCCCUCCCCAAGACGCCGCCCACCCUCGCCCACUUCCAACAGCAGAUCGAUUCCUACGAGAAGCUGUACGAGGAGGUGUCCAAGUGUGAGAACGCCAAGGUGUUCAACGGCUGGCUGCAGUGCGACUGCCGCCCCUUCAAGCAGGCUCUGCUCAACAUCAUCAAGCGCUGGGGUUUCACGUUCAAGCGUCACCUGGGCGAACACGUCGUCAACAGCCUGGCUGACCUAGAGGCCUUCAUGAAAGUUGCCAGGAUGGGCUUGACAAAGCCCCUCAAGGAGGGGGAUUAUGACGGUCUCGUGGAGGUGAUGGGGCAUCUGAUGAAGGUCAAGGAGAGGCAGGUGGCCACCGACAACAUGUUUGAGCCCCUGAAGCAAACCAUCGAGCUGCUCAAGACCUACGGGGAGGAGAUGCCGGAGGAGACGCAUGUGAAGCUGCAGGAGCUGCCCGAGCAGUGGACAAACACCAAGAAGCUGGCCAUCCAGGUGAAGCAGAACGUGGCGCCCCUCCAGGCCAACGAGGUCAACAUCCUGAGACGGAAGUGCCAGCAGUUCGAGCUCAAGCAGCACGAGUUCAGGGAGAAGUUCCGGCAAGAAGCGCCGUUCACCUUCACGGACCCCGACCCCUACAAGUCCCUGAAUAAGCAACAAAAGAGUAUCGCGUCCAUGGAGAGCAUCAUGGACUCCCUGUGCAAGUCCGGGAGCCUGUUCGAAGUCACGGUCCCAGACUAUAAGCAGCUCAAAGCUUGUCACAAGGAGGUCCGCCUGCUGAAGGAGCUCUGGGACAUGAUCGUCAUGGUGAACACCAGCAUCGACAACUGGAAGACCACCAAGUGGAAAAAUAUUAACGUCGAACAGAUGGACACAGACUGUAAGAAGUUUGCCAAGGACGUGAGGUCCCUGGACAAGGAGAUAAAAGCUUGGGAUGCCUUCGUGGGGCUGGACAACAUGGUGAAGAACACCAUCACGUCCCUGCGUGCCGUCAGCGAGCUGCAGAACCCCGCCAUCCGGGACCGCCACUGGCACCAGCUCAUGCAGGCCACCCAGGUGAAGUUCGAAAUGUCAGAUGAGACCACCCUGGCAGAUUUACUACAGUUAAACCUCCACAAAUAUGAGGACGAGGUCCGGAACAUCGUGGACAAGGCCGUGAAAGAGUCGGGGAUGGAAAAGGUUCUGAAAGCCCUGGACAGCACCUGGUCCACCAUGGAGUUUGAGCACGAGCCGCACCCGCGCACGGGCACCAUGAUGCUGAAGUCGGACGAGGUGCUGGUGGAGACACUGGAGGACAACCAGGUCCAGCUGCAGAACCUGAUGAUGUCCAAGUACCUGUCCCACUUCCUGAAGGAGGUGACGAGCUGGCAGCAGAAGCUGUCCACGGCGGACUCCGUCAUCUCCAUCUGGUUUGAGGUCCAGAGAACCUGGAGCCACCUGGAGAGCAUCUUCAUCGGCUCAGAAGACAUCCGCGCCCAGCUGCCGGAGGACUCCAGGCGCUUCGACGGCAUUGACCUGCAGUUCAAGGCCCUGAUGGAGGAGGCGGUGAAAUCGCCCAACGUGGUGGAGGCCACCAACAAACCCGGCCUCUACGACAAACUCGAGAAUCUGAAGAAGAGCCUGGCCGUGUGCGAAAAGGCCUUGGCGGAAUAUUUAGAGACCAAAAGACUGGCUUUCCCGAGGUUCUACUUUGUCUCCUCGGCUGACCUCCUGGACAUUCUCUCCAACGGAAACAACCCCGUGGAGGUGGGCCGUCACCUGGCCAAGCUCUUCGACAGCCUGUGCAAGCUGGAGUUCCGCCUCGAUGACGACAGGAAGCCUCUCAAAGUCGGCCUGGGCAUGCACAGCAAGGAAGACGAGUACGUUCCCUUUGACCAAGAGUGUGACCUCUCGGGGCAGGUGGAAGUCUGGCUGAACCGAGUGCUUGACCGAAUGCGCGCCACGCUCCGACACGAAAUUCCAGAAGCCGUGGUGACGUACGAGGAAAAGCCGAGGGAGCAGUGGAUCUUUGAUUACCCAGCCCAGAUUGCGCUCACGUGCACGCAGAUCUGGUGGGCCACCGAGGUGGGCCUGGCGUUCGCGAGGCUGGAGGAAGGCUAUGAAAACGCCAUCAAAGAUUACAACAAAAAGCAGGUGCGUGGUCCCGCGGGUCCAUCCGAAACACUGCCGAGAGAUUUCCAGAGGCAUCCGCUCUGCGGCUGUGCCCUUGCGGGAUUGCCCUACCCGUCGGUCGGCCAAAAGCGCUCCAGUCUUGGCAACCCCCAGUGGUUCUGCCCAAAGGAAACCAACCGUUUUACCACCCCACCGCCUCUCGUUUCCAGAUUUUCCUUGAGGACAGGAAGUGAAAUCGGCCCGUUCACAUAUAAGCAACACUCGUGGCGGGUUUUGGUCACCACGUGCGAGAGACGAUGGCGGGCAGGGUGGGGGCCGGUGGCACGACUUUGGGGGGGGUCUCCCUCGCGCAGGUACGACAGACAGAAGCUGACGCUGAAGGACAUCCACAACUGUCAGUACGUGGCUUGCAUGAACCCCACCUCCGGAUCGUUCACCAUCGACCCCAGGCUCCAGCGCCACUUUUGCGUGUUUGCCGUGAGCUUUCCGGGCCAGGAGGCCCUCACCACCAUCUACAACACGAUCCUGGCCCAGCACCUGGCCUUGCGCUCGGUCCCCACGGUGGUUCAGAAGAUGAGCGCCCAGCUGGUGACCUCGGCCCUGGCCCUGCAUCAGAAAGUCGCUGCAAUGUUUCUUCCCACGGCCAUUAAAUUUCAUUACGUCUUCAACCUGAGGGACCUCUCCAGUAUUUUCCAGGGGCUCUUAUUCUCCACAGCGGAGAUCCUGAGGGUACCGCUCGACCUAGUCCGCCUCUGGCUGCAUGAAGCCGAGAGGGUGUAUGGCGACAAGAUGGUGGACGGGAAAGACCAGGACGUGCUGCGCAGAGUCACGAUGGCUUCCACCAAGAAAUUCUUUGAUGAUCUCGGCGAAGAGCUUCUCUUCGCCAAGCCAAAUAUCUUCUGCCACUUCUCUCACGGGAUCGGCGAGCCCAAAUACCUCGCGGUAACCAACGUGGCCCAUCUACACAAGCUCCUGGUGGACGUCCUCGACAGUUACAACGAAGUCAACGCGGUCAUGAACUUGGUGCUGUUCGAAGACGCGGUGGCUCACGUCUGCAAAAUCAACCGCAUCUUGGAGUCGCCCCGUGGGAACGCCCUGCUGGUGGGUGUGGGAGGCAGCGGUAAACAGAGCCUCUCGCGCCUGGCCGCCUACAUCAGCGCGCUGGACGUGUUCCAGAUCAGCCUCAGGAAGGGCUAUGGGAUCCCAGACCUCAAGGUUGACCUGGGUGCACAGUACAUAAAGUCAGCUGUGAAGAAUGUCCCCUCGGUGUUCCUGAUGACAGACUCCCAGGUGGCCGAAGAGCAGUUUCUGGUGCUGAUCAACGACCUGCUGGCCUCGGGGGAGAUACCGGGGCUGUUUACGGACGACGAGUUGGAGAACAUCAUCUCCUCUGUGCGACCCCAAGUGAAGUCCCUCGGCAUGAACGACACUCGGGAAACAUGCUGGAAAUUCUUCAUUGACAAAGUGCGCAGGCAGCUUAAGGUGAUCCUGUGUUUCUCUCCCGUGGGCUCCGUCCUGCGUGUGCGGGCAAGAAAAUUCCCCGCCAUUGUCAACUGCACGGCCAUCAACUGGUUCCACGAGUGGCCAGAAGAUGCCCUGGUGUCCGUGAGUGCACGCUUCCUCGAGGAAACGGAGGGCAUUCAGGGAGAUGUCAAGGCUUCCAUCAGUCUCUUCAUAGCCUACGUGCACACAACGGUCAACGAGAUGUCCAGGCUGUACCUGGCCACCGAGAGGCGUUACAACUACACCACCCCCAAAACCUUCCUGGAGCAGAUCAAACUGUACCAGAACCUGCUGGCCAGGAAGAGAAUGGAGCUGGUGGCCAAGAUCGAGAGGCUGGAGAACGGCCUGAUGAAACUGCAGAGCACAGCGUCCCAGGUGGAUGACUUAAAAGCCAAGCUGGCGACUCAGGAGGCUGAGCUCAAGCAGAAAAACGAGAAUGCCGACAAGCUGAUCCAGGUGGUGGGUGUGGAAACCGAGAAGGUCAGCAAAGAGAAAGCCAUUGCGGACGAGGAGGAGGCCAAGGUGGAGGUCAUCAACAAGAAUGUCACAGAGAAACAAAAGGCAUGUGAAACGGACCUGGCCAAGGCGGAGCCGGCCCUGCUGGCCGCGCAGGAAGCUCUCGACACGCUGAAUAAGAACAACCUGACCGAGCUGAAGUCCUUCGGGUCCCCCCCGGACGCCGUGGUCAACGUCACGGCCGCCGUCAUGAUCCUGACCGCGCCGGGGGGCAAGAUCCCCAAGGACAAGAGCUGGAAAGCGGCCAAAAUCAUGAUGGGCAAAGUGGACACGUUCCUGGACUCCUUGAAGAAGUUUGACAAGGAGCACAUCCCCGAGGCCUGCCUGAAGGCGUUUAAGCCCUACCAAGGCAACCCGACCUUCGACCCCGAGUUCAUCCGCUCCAAGUCCACGGCCGCCGCGGGCCUGUGCUCCUGGUGCAUCAACAUCGUGCGCUUCUACGAGGUGUAUUGUGACGUGGCCCCCAAGAGGCAGGCCCUGGAGGAGGCGAAUGCCGAGCUGGCGGAGGCGCAGGAGAAGCUGUCACGGAUCAAAAACAAGAUUGCCGAACUCAAUGCCAACCUGAGCAACCUAACGUCAGCCUUUGAAAAGGCGACAGCGGAAAAGAUCAAGUGCCAGCAAGAGGCAGAUGCCACCAACAGGGUGAUCUCGCUGGCCAACAGGCUGGUAGGGGGAUUGGCAUCGGAAAACAUCCGCUGGGCUGAGUCGGUGAAGAACUUCAAAAGCCAGGGGGUCACCCUGUGCGGGGACGUCCUGCUGAUUUCCGCCUUCGUCUCCUACAUGGGCUACUUCACCAAGAAAUACCGCAACGAGCUGAUGGAGAGAUUUUGGAUCCCUUAUAUAAAGAAGUUAAAGGUCCCCAUCCCGAUCACGGAAGGUCUGGACCCCUUGAGCCUACUGACCGAUGACGCGGACGUGGCCACUUGGAACAACCAGGGUCUCCCCAGUGACCGCAUGUCCACUGAGAAUGCCACCAUCCUGUGCAACACAGAGCGCUGGCCCCUCAUCGUGGACGCCCAGCUGCAAGGAAUCAAGUGGAUCAAAAACAAAUACGGCCUCGAACUGAAAGCCAUCCGCCUGGGACAGAAGAGCUACCUGGACAUCAUCGAGCAGGCCAUUUCCGAAGGGCACACCUUGCUCAUCGAGAACAUUGGCGAAACCGUGGACCCCGUGCUGGACCCGCUGCUGGGCAGGAAUACCAUUAAAAAGGGAAAGUUCAUUAAGAUCGGCGACAAGGAGAUGGAGUAUCACCCCAAGUUCCGCCUCAUCCUGCACACCAAGUACUUCAACCCGCACUACAAGCCCGAGGUGCAAGCCCAGUGCACCCUCAUCAACUUCCUCGUCACCAGGGACGGGCUCGAGGACCAACUCCUGGCUGCCGUGGUGGCCAAGGAGCGCCCAGAUCUCGAGCAGCUGAAGGCCAACCUCACCAAGUCUCAAAAUGAAUUCAAGAUUGUUCUGAAAGAGCUGGAAGAUUCCCUGCUGGCCCGUCUGUCGGCGGCGUCGGGGAACUUCCUGGGGGACACAGCCUUAGUGGAGAAUCUGGAGACCACCAAGCACACAGCCAGUGAGAUCGAGGAGAAGGUACAAGAGGCAAAAAUGACAGAGGCUAAAAUCAACGAGGCCAGAGAGAACUACCGGCCAGCCGCAGAGAGGGCGUCCCUGCUGUACUUCAUCCUCAACGACCUCAACAAGAUCAACCCCAUCUAUCAGUUCUCGCUCAAGGCCUUCAACAUGGUGUUUGAGAAAGCCAUCCAGAAGACCGCCCCGGCCGAGGAGGUCAAGCAGCGAGUGAUCAACCUGACGGACGAGAUCACCUACUCUGUCUACAUGUACACGGCCCGCGGGCUCUUCGAACGGGACAAACUCAUCUUCCUGGCCCAGGUGGCCUUCCAGGUCUUGUCCAUGAAGAAAGAGCUGAAUCCGGUAGAGCUGGAUUUCCUCCUGCGGUUCCCUUUCAAGGCCGGGGCCCUGUCGCCGGUGGACUUCCUGCAGCACCAGGGAUGGGGCGGCAUCAAGGCCCUGUCGGAGAUGGAUGAGUUCAAGAACCUGGACAGCGACAUCGAAGGGUCCGCCAAGCGGUGGAAGAAGCUGGUGGAGUCAGAAGCCCCGGAGAAGGAGAUCUUCCCCAAGGAGUGGAAGAACAAAACUGCGCUGCAAAAGCUCUGCGUGCUGAGGUGCAUGCGGCCGGACCGCAUGACCUACGCCAUCAGGAACUUCGUGGAAGAGAAGAUGGGCAGCAAAUUUGUGGAGGGCCGGAGCGUUGAGUUUUCCAAGUCCUACGAGGAGAGCAGCCCCUCCACGCCGAUAUUCUUCAUCCUGUCCCCAGGCGUCGACCCCCUGAAAGAUGUGGAAGCCCUGGGGAAGAAACUGGGAUUCACCAUAGACAACGGGAAACUGCACAACGUGUCCCUGGGGCAGGGACAAGAGGUGGUGGCCGAGAAUGCUCUGGAUGUGGCGGCAGAGAUGGGACACUGGGUCAUUCUGCAGAACAUCCACCUCGUGGCGCGGUGGCUGAGCACACUGGACAAGAAGGUGGAGCGAUACAGCACGGGCAGCCACGAGGACUACCGCGUGUUCAUCAGCGCCGAGCCCGCCCCCAGCCCCGAGUCCCACAUCAUCCCCCAGGGCAUUUUGGAGAACGCCAUCAAGAUCACCAACGAGCCGCCCACGGGCAUGCACGCCAAUCUGCACAAGGCUCUGGACCUCUUCACUCAGGACACCCUGGAGAUGUGCACCAAGGAGAUCGAGUUCAAGUGCAUCCUAUUCGCCCUGUGCUAUUUCCACGCCGUGGUGGCCGAGAGGCGCAAGUUCGGGGCCCAGGGCUGGAACAGGUCGUACCCCUUCAACAAUGGGGACCUCACCAUCUCCAUCAACGUGCUGUACAACUACCUCGAGGCCAACACCAAGGUGCCCUGGGAUGACCUACGCUACUUGUUUGGAGAAAUCAUGUACGGCGGCCACAUCACGGACGACUGGGACCGCCGGCUCUGCAGGACGUACCUGGCGGAGUACGUCCGGGCAGAGAUGCUGGAGGGCGAGACCCUGCUGGCCCCGGGCUUUCAGAUCCCCCCGAACCUGGACUACAAGGGUUACCACGAGUACAUCAAUGAGAACCUGCCCCCCGAGAGUCCCUACCUGUACGGCCUGCACCCCAAUGCAGAGAUCGGCUUUCUGACAGUCACCUCAGAGAAACUAUUCCGCACGGUCCUGGAAAUGCAGCCCAAAGAGACCGACUCAGGAGCAGGCACCGGAGUAUCUCGGGAGGAGAAGGUGAAGGCCGUGCUGGAGGAGAUCCUGGAGAAGGUCCCGGAGACAUUCAACAUGGCCGAGAUCAUGGCGAAGUCAGCCGAGAAGACCCCGUACGUGGUGGUCGCCUUCCAGGAGUGCGAGAGGAUGAACAUCCUUACCAACGAGAUGCGCCGCUCACUGAAGGAAUUGAACCUGGGGCUAAAGGGGGAGCUGACCAUCACGACCGACAUGGAGGACCUGUCCGUGGCUCUGUUCUAUGACACUGUGCCCGACACGUGGGUGGCCCGGGCCUACCCCUCCAUGAUGGGCCUGGCGGCCUGGUUUGCCGACCUGCUACUCCGAAUCAGGGAGCUCGAGGCCUGGACGACGGACUUCGCCCUGCCCACCACCGUGUGGCUGGCCGGCUUCUUCAACCCGCAGUCCUUCCUCACGGCCAUCAUGCAGUCCAUGGCCAGGAAGAACGAGUGGCCCCUGGACAAGAUGUGUCUGUCCGUGGAAGUGACCAAGAAGAACCGGGAGGACAUGACGGCCCCGCCCCGAGAGGGCGCUUACGUGUACGGGCUCUUCAUGGAAGGAGCUCGCUGGGACACCCAGACCGGAGUCAUCGCCGAAGCAAGGCUGAAGGAGCUGACGCCAGCCAUGCCCGUCGUCUUCAUCAAGGCCAUUCCUGUGGACCGCAUGGAGACCAAGAACACGUAUGAGUGUCCUGUGUACAAAACACGCAUCCGUGGCCCCACCUACGUGUGGACCUUUAACCUCAAAACCAAAGAGAAGGCGGCCAAGUGGAUCCUGGCGGCCGUGGCCCUGCUCUUACAGGUCUAGCCUGGCUGGCUGGCUGGCUGGCUGCCUGGGGCCUGCAGCAGGCCCCCCGCUUCCCCGGGGCCAGAUCCGAACCCCGACUUCAAACGGACAACAGAAGCUCAAUCUUGCAACGGCCACUCAUUUUUAUAGAGACUGCAGGUUGCUUUUUGUUCUAACUAACCCAGGCACUUUAGAACCACGGAAACGUGGCCUAGCCAGAGGGAGGGGGCAGCGUGGAAGAGUGGGGCACGGUCUGGAUUAAAACAGCGAAGUCACUUA